AUCCUAGGCAUGUAUAAAAGCACGCCAAUCCAGUCCUUGGCCUUCUACCUAUCACUGUCUGCUGCUGCACGAUGCUGGGAGGCUUGGGGAAGCUGGCGGCCGAGGGCCUGGCCCACCGCACUGAGAAAGCCACAGAGGGGGCAGUUCACGCAGUGGAAGAGGUGGUGAAGGAGGUGGUGGAACACGCCAAGGAGGCUGGAGAGAAGGCCGUUGCUGAUGCCCUAAAGAGAGCCCAAGAGUCAGGGGACAGAGUGGUGAAGGAGGUCACUGAGAAGGUGACCCACACCGUCACCGACGCUGUUACCCACGCUGCAGAAGGCCUGGGUAGGCUGGGGCAGUGAGUCAGCCUCCUGCCAUGGCUGGCCCUUCCUGAAUGUCAAUAAAAUGUGUGAAGUGCG